AUGCAGCUCGUUGUGCACAUCGGCAUGGACACCUCCGCCAAGGUCAUCAUUCUGGAGCAGUGCGCCAAGAACCGGAGCUACCAAGACGCCGACAUCCGGGGCUUCCGGCCGGCGCGUGGCGAGUGCCUUCCGGAUGGCCCGGAAGUGAUCGUGUCGGAGGUCAGCAUGAAGGCGGUGCGCAAGCGCGUUGCCGUGGAGGGUGUGGAGGUGAUCUUUUCUCGAGAUGCCGGCAGAUACGUCUGUGAUUACACCUAUUACCUGUCUUUGCAUCAUGGAAAUGGGUACGCGGCCCUCAUCCACGUGCCUCGGUUAUCCCUUUGGUUCCCAGCCAGGCUGCUGGGCAAAGCCUUGCAAGUCAUCAUCCAGGACAUGCUGGAGGAGCUGAGAAAGCCUGAGCUUGAAGCCUCGUUCGCAGAAAACUCAACCGUGGCGAUUCCAGCCCAGGGGAACCAAUUGGGGGACUGCUCCUUUAGAGAAAAUUAA